UUUUUAUUCAUUUUGUUGAGGAUAUAUUUUUGUAAAAUAAAUAAAAUACUAAACUGGGGUCUUUGAGGAAAUAAUUUUAUUCAUAUCUUGAACCUUAAAUUUAAAAUUUUCUAAUUUAUCCAAAAGAUUGGUUAUCUUUCAUAAAAAUUUUUAAAUAUUUAUAAAUCAACUGAUAUUUCUAGAAUGAAAUCGAACGAUCCAUCCGGUUAUUAUAAAUUACUGGGCGUUUCACCAGACGCAGAUGAAGAUGCCAUUAAAAAACAGUACAGAAAACUUGCCAUGAAAUAUCAUCCAGAUAAGAAUCCGCAUAAUAAGGAAAAGUCUGCAGAAAUGUUCAAGAAGAUAUCUCAAGCCUAUGAAGUGUUGUCAGAUAAGAGGAAAAGACGAAAUUAUGACAAUAACGUGAACUUUGGCUUUGACCAGAACUACGCAAAUAAUUUCAACUUCGAUGACGCGCAAAGAAUUUUUCAAAUGGUUUUCGGCAACAAUUCAUUUGGGUUUGGUGAUGAUAUGUUUCCUGGUUCAUCUCUUUUUCACGGAAACACUGGACAUCAUGAAUUCUUUCAAGAUGACUUUUGUAAUGGAUUUUCAACAUCUUUUGCUACCAGUGGAUUUUCAAACGCAAUCUUCAGUAGUUCGUCGUUUAGUAACGGUGGAGGAUUCACCAGCACAAGCACCAGUACAACCACGAGAGUGGUCAACAAUAAAAUAAUAACCAAAACUGAAAUAACGCAACAAAACGCUGACGGAACUGUAUAUAAAAAAGUUAUUGAGAAGGAGGAUGACGGCAGGGGAAAUGUAACAACAAGGGAAUAUAUUAACGACGGCUCCUCGUCUGGAACUAAAAAGUUAGAGUCCAAAAGAAGAUAUUAACUUCCUAAAUUUAAUGUAUUUUAAAUAAAAUCACAGUAUACAUAAUGUCAUAUAUAUUA